CCGCUCUCAUGGCAACGGGCGGGGGCGGCCGGGCCGAGGCAGCCGCGGAUGGAGGCGGCCGGGGACCUCCCGCAGGGCUGCGCCCCGGCCCGCGAGGCGGAGGAGCCCCCGGGGGCCCCGGCCCUCCCCGCCGAGGAGCCCCCGGGACAGGAGGUGCCACCUGCCGAGGCCGGGCGGGAGCGGGGCCGGGGCCGCCGCGGGGCUGGUCCGCAGGGCCCUCCCGGGCGGGGGGCGCGGGGCAGGGGCCGCCGGGCUCCGGGCCGGCGCGGGGGGGACGAUGGAGGCCGCGCCGGCCGGCGGCCCCGCGUCACGGUGGACAGCUCGAAGGCCAAGACCUCGCUGGAGGCGCUGAAGAUCAGCCUGCGGCAGCUCCGGUGGAGGGAGUUUCCUUUUGGCAGACGCUUGCCCUGCGAUAUCUAUUGGCACGGGGUAUCAUUUCAUGAUAAUGAUAUAUUCUCAGGUCAAGUCAACAAGUUUCCAGGCAUGACAGAGAUGGUACGUAAGAUCACCCUGAGCCGGGCCGUGCGGACCAUGCAGGACCUGUUUCCUCUUGAAUAUAACUUCUAUCCUCGAUCCUGGAUCCUGCCAGAAGAAUUUCCCCUCUUUGUGGAUGAGGUUCGUAUGAUGAAAGACAGCGAUCCAUCCUGGAAGCCCACUUUUAUUGUAAAGCCUGAUGGAGGGUGCCAAGGGGAUGGAAUCUACCUCAUUAAAGACCCAAGUGACAUUAGGCUGACGGGAGGCAUCCGACCCGCUGUGGUCCAGGAAUAUAUCUGCAAACCGCUGCUUGUCGACAAACUGAAAUUUGACAUUCGUCUUUAUGUCUUACUGAAAUCUUUAGAGCCCUUAGAAAUUUAUAUAGCCAAAGAUGGACUUUCUAGAUUUUGUACAGAGCCCUAUCAAGAACCCACUCUAAAAAAUUUGCACCAGGUUUUUAUGCACUUAACUAACUAUUCACUCAAUAUCCAUAGCGGGAACUUCGUCCAUUCUGACAAUGCAAACACUGGCAGCAAAAGGACUUUUUCAAGCAUCCUGUGCAGACUGUCUUCCAGAGGAGCUGAUGUCAAAAAGCUGUGGUCAGAUAUUAUUUCACUGGUGAUUAAAACAAUUAUUGCACUGACGCCAGAACUGAAAGUUUACUAUCAGUCUGACAUACCAGCAGGAAAGCCUGGGCCAACUUGCUUCCAGAUUUUAGGGUUUGACAUCCUCCUGAUGAAAAACUUGAAGCCCAUGUUACUAGAAGUAAAUGCAAACCCCAGCAUGAGGAUAGAACAUGAGCAAGAGCUUUCUCCUGGAGUAUUUGAAAAUGUCCCAAGCCCUGUUGAUGAAGAAGUGAAAGUUGCUGUUAUCAGAGACACUCUACGGCUGGUGGACCCUCAGAAAAAAAAGAGAAAGGAUAUCCAGUGUCAGGCUUUGGAGCAGGUGUCAGAAGCCAAGGAGGAGGCACUGGAGGUCCCCCCGGAGCAGGACACCAGCCGUGCCCCAGAGCCUGGGCUGCCCUCCCUGUGUCUCAAGCAAGUGUUCCCCAAGUAUGCCAAGCAGUUCAGCCACUUGCAGCUGGUGGACAGGGUGGCUGCUCUCUUCAUCCGAUUUCUGGGUGUCAGAGGGACAACGAAGCUGGGCCCCACGGGUUUCCGGACAUUCAUAAGACACUGCAAACUGAGUAACAGCAAUUUCUCAAUGGCCUCUGUGGAUAUCUUGUAUAUUGAUAUCACGAGGAGAUGGAACAGCAUGGGAAUCGACCACAAAGAAUCAGGAAUGUGUUUGCAAGCCUUUGUCGAAGCUUUCUUCUGCCUGGCUCAGAAAAAAUACAAGUCCCUCCCACUGCACGAGCAGGUGGGAUCGCUGGUUGGUUUCUGUGAGUAUCACCUGGCUGCCCUGGACGAGAAGCGCCAGGUGUGCGGCCGCGGGGCCGCGGAGCGCCGAGCUGCUGUAGGUGCUGGUCAGACAGAUGGACUUCACCUGGCACCAGCUGCACACCCACCCCUCCUGAGCCGCACGGCCGUGGCCACCAAACUCACAGAUGGCAGAAGUCAUCGCUAUUAACUGUGCUAAUUCACCAGGACAGAACUGAGAAUGAAUCCCCACUGGAUUCCUUCAUCUGAUCGCCAGGAUUAUUUAAUGCGGUGUUUUUAUUUACACUCGUCAAGAAGCUCCCAUCCUCAAAUAAUGACCCUGGCAGUGGCUAUUGGUGUACCUCUCUUGGACCCACGGUACACCUCAUGUGACAAACUGUGCUUUCAUCCUGAGUGUCCAGAAAGCCACCUGUGAGGACAAGGACCAAACUGCAGUGGGGUGACAGCCAGUGUCCUGGGACCGGCUGCACUGAUGGGGACUGCACAGCAAAGGAGUCAGGUGCUCUGGACGUAUCCUGGAAACCAAGUCAUGAGCUGCAGGCUCAAAUACCAGUUGUGGACUUUGUAAAACUCAAACCUGGAAUUACACUCGUGGUCAGACUUCAGGCCUUGAUCCUCUCCUUUCAGUGUCUUGGGCUGUACGUGUUGGAAUCAAUGCAGAUUUGGUCAUUGUUUAUAUACUUCUUUUAUAAGUCAGUCUUAACACUGAAAUAAUAUUUUGGCUUCUACUUCUUUGUACGUGUCUUUGCCAUGACAAGUACUGUUAAUUUUUUAAAGAAAAUGUAAGGAUGUUUAUCCUUUUUGCUUCCACAGGACCAACAAGCUCACACUUAUUCACAGAAAAAAUUACUUCAUUAAUCAAAUUUGGUGAAUCCAGUGGUGGUUUUGCCUUCAGGUACCAAACACUGCUGUUGCACACAGCCCAGGAGUUCAUGGAAAUUCCAGUGACACCAGUCCUAUAUUGACUUCAGGCUAAUUGCAUUCUAGGUUUGCUUAUUUUUUGCCUUUUGCAUGUUUGUUACACUGUUUGGACCUGCAGGUCCACACCCAGAGCAGACUUUUUUGUCUUUGCACAUAUUCUUAAUUUUUUCCCUUAAAUAGCAGUAGAACUCUGUACAGAGUAGAUCUAUAUUAUUUAACAGGCUGUUUUGUCAUGAAUGCUGGGCUGUACUGCUGGAGCUGUCCAGAGAAGUCUUCUUUUUCAAGAAAUGAACCGUGACUUCCAUAAUUACUUCCAUGACUUCCUCUGUUUGGGGGGCUAAGCAGAACAUGAGACUGGCUGAAAGGACAGGAAUGACUCGGAACUUCAGGGCUGUUCAGUUUAAUUGGUUUUGAUCUCAUGUUUUAUUACAAAUAAUGUAUGUCUACAUCAGAGUUUGAUUUUCCUCCUUUGGUCUCUUCUGCAAUGCUAAUGAGCUGGUGAUGUUGUAGGGUUCCUCAUGCUGUCCAGGAUCACAAAGCUGUGAGGAGGCCUCUGGGCCCUGAGCUUUGGAUCUGAGAGACUAGCCAGAGCGCACACGAUGUUCCAGUGGCUGGUGAAUCAGAACGUGACCUUGGAAGCCCUUUGUCCAUGCAGAGGGAGCCCACCCAUUAAAUGGCAUGACCCAAAUGCA